AGAAAGUUUGGACGAUUUUCAAGGACAAUCAAAAUGAGCCACGGUCGUUACUGCAGUGUUCCAGGAUGUACAGGGAAUGCUAUCACUUUUCAUGCUCUUCCCAAGGAACCAAACACUCAACGGGCAUGGUUGAUGUUUAUAAACGACAAGAUCCCUCUGAGCAGUUUCGACACGAAAAUAUCCAUUUGCUCGAAUCAUUUCACCCCAGACAGCUUCGAUAACCUUGGACAAUUUCAAGCAGGCUUUGCUACACGGCUAUAUUUGAAAAGAGGGGCUGUUCCGACCAUCUUGCCAUCACUGCCGCAAACUGUGCAGGGGCAUUCAUCACGGACUCGGAACGUGGACUGCCAGUGUGAUAUUAAACAGAGAUCAGUUGGAACUCAGUUGUCCAAAGGCACUCUUCUCUCUGUACGCAGCAAAGUCACUCAGACUCCUGCAGUGACACACGUCUCCCUUGGCGACGAUAUGGACUUCCUGUUGCACCCUCCACAAAAUUUCACUUUGAAAGAAUCGGGAGAUCCAAAAAGAAGCUCUUCUUACAUGCUAGGAAUGCAACAGUACACUAUGCCCAGAUUGCCCACGGUUCGGAAUUGCCUGAUGGCGGAUGUCAUUGUGAGCGUUGCUAGCCUGCUACAGCUGUUCCAGAAGUGCCUCAAAUGCUGCAGUAAUGCCUGCAGCGUCACUACGGAAACCAAGGGAUUCCUUUUCCACGUGGUGCAGCAGUGCUGGAGCUGUGGGAACAACAGGAACUGGGCAAGCCAUCCUCCAGACCAGCCAGCUGACCAGCCACCCCCAGACCACACCCCCCCUCACCAGCAGCUCCCAGACCAACCAUCCCCUGGCCAGCAGCUCCCAGACCCAGACACUUUAGAGAUGACAGAGCCAGUGGGAAGGGCAUUCAAAGACAUAUGCACGGAGGAGGAGAUUACCGGGGAGGAGAUGGUGCAGGGAGAAGAGGAGGAUGAAGAGGAGGAAAAACAAAAAACAAGUAUGUGGAAAAGAAGGGACAGUGAUGAAGAGUGUACACCGAAUCUGAGAGAGGUCUUAGAGGUGUCAGAUGAGGAGCCUGGAGAUGUUGAUGAAGAAGAGGGGCAUGGUCUUCAGAUUGUGUGGUGCUGUGACUGUGGGGAAGAGGCCGGUGCCCGCUGCUUCAAGCAGAAACACCUGCAGCUCUACUGCUGCAUUAAGUGCGGCUACAGGGACGGUGACCAGGAGCUGGUCUGCACAGACGUCCAGCAAACCCAACACACCAUCAGUCCAGAGUCCCCUACUGCUGCAGAAAAAGAGGGCUCUUGUGAUGUUAGCCAAGCAGCUGAACUCGCAGGCAGCCCAGAAGCCAACAACAAUAACGAACAAACUGCUUCCAGUGAUCGUCUUGAAGAUUCAAACAGAAUUAAUUGUGAAGGGGUCAUCUCUUCUGCCAGCCAGCAUGCCACCAUCAGUUGCAUCCAGAAGUCAACCAGCAAUGGGGUUAAUGAGUUAAGCAGCAGCUGUAGCAUUAGAGAACAGGGCUGCAUGGGCAGCAGUGACCAGAGAACUAGAAAUGAAAGUCCAGAAGACACCAGCAGUAGAGAUCAGGACUCUGCGUCUCAAGUCGAGUCUUCCAACAGCUGCCACCAAGAAACUAGUGCAGCAAAUGAGGAGAUACGGAACCCUCUAAAAUAUGCCGUCUACUUCAACGAUCCGUACAGCUUGCAAAUCCAUGUGGAACAGUUCCAUGGUGAGCUUUGUCCAGACUGUGGCAAAUUCCUCAUCAGGCGCGACAGCCGGACUAAGCACAUCUGUGAUCACAAAGUCAAGCCGUUCUCAUGUCUGGUUUGUGGGAAGCGCUCCAUCAAUGAAGUAGGUCUGGUGCACACUGAGGACCGUGGACUUUCCUGCCAAAACUGUUACAAGAAGUUCAGGUUCCAGGAAGACAAGCAGGAGCGCGAGGAGACCCUCAAGGGGGAGAGCCUGAAGUACCGCUGCUCUGAGUGCCCAAAACGGUUUGCAGAUCGCUUCAGCCGUAGUGCUCACAGGAAGACCCACUGGAAACAUGGCAGGUUCUUCUGCAAAGUCUGUAACAAAGGCUUCCCUGAGGCCUAUAGCCUCAAGAGACACAAGGUGGUGCACACAGGACUGAAGGCCUACAGGUGUGAGGUCUGUGACUUGUCCUUCAAUCAGUCAGCACAUCUCAAGUCCCACAUGCGCCUCCACACAGGGGAGAGACCCUUCAAGUGUCAGGACUGUGGGCAGUGCUUCACCCACAAUGUCAGCCUCAAGAACCACAUCCAGCGCCACCAUGGACCAGGAACUGAAGGGGGGAGGGAGAAGAUUGGAGAUGACGGGGCCAGAGGAACUGGGUCUGUUGACCAAAAAGAAAACCUGCCCUAGGGCAACAGAGAAAAGAAAAUGGUUAGAAUGUGGUCAUUAUGUCUUUAUGAUUGUUCCUUGUGACCAUUUCAUUGAAGUUGUAAUGUUUUGUUUUCUUCUUCAUCUUGGUUGGGUUUGAACAUAGGUGAAAGUGGAACCUUUGCGAGUAUUUGAAAUGUAUGAUUUGAUUCAUAUUAUUGUACAGUUAGACAGUUAGAAUACAGAUUUCACCAAUGGCCGAACAUGUAGACACUAUUACUGAUAAUGUUGACCCUAAUGUUGCACAGUCCCACAUGACUAAAAUAAACAUUACUACUGUUUAAAAACGUAAUGCCCUGGUACGCAGAAAUCAAUCAAUAAUGAUAAUAAUAAAACAGCUUUUUGGUUAGAAAGCCCAA